CGGAGUGCGCGCACUUGGAGUCACUGAAUUUCAGUGACUAGUGGCAAGCAAAAACCGUUAGAUUUUGGGAAUUAGUCAAGACCCGCUAUUUUGUCUUCCCAUUUAACUAGUUUACUUUCAGAAGUUGAACUGAAGUUGACACCAGGAUAACUAUUUUUAAAUACUGAAGCUCUGAAACAGCAAGCUUGUGAACAUCGAUCGUACCAAUGGAUAUUCCUUAAUCUAUGUAGUAACAUAUAACUAUGGAGUGCAGCAGAUGUUUUCCAAUUGAGUUUGGGAUUUAAUGAGAUCGAACCCUGCAAUAACGGAAUGUUGAUGUUUUGUACACAUAAUGGUUAUCGAAUGAUAUUUGUGACAAUCCAAUCCAGCGUUGAAGAAGUGCGUCUCAAGGAGAUAUAACGCGACCGACAAAAGGACAAAAACGCAAUCUUCACCUCAAACUUCCAAAAGUAGUUUUAGAUCAUGAAAUUUCAAAUGGAAUGGGUUUUACCGGGAUUUUCUCCAAGAUAAAAUCCAGAUUGUACUUCGCGCGCACGAAGUUGCUAUGACAUAACGGGGAACAAGCAUUUUGGAAGAGCCAGAUACUGUGAAUUCUGUCUCGCGCAUAACCUCACUUUGAGAGUAUUUUAAUUGGAACUAAUUAACCAGAAAUUGACAACAUACUUUCACAUAUUUGUAAAACGUAAUUUUUUCUUUAUUUGAGUCAUUGGGACAGGAACCUCCGUGGUGGAGAAAUGGGAUGACAGUGGGGCAGCUGAGGUGAGACAGAUAAGGACAAUGAUUGUGCCCGGCGUUGGCAUCCCGGUCCUGGGACGUCUGUUGCUGAUGCUGGCCCUUUUGUCUGCCUCAGAGUCGAGGCUUACUCAAGCUUGCCCUGGGCUCAUCACCAGCGGCUGCAGCUGUACGGAUGAACGAUCUAAAGCCCACGCUUCUCCAGCCGUUCGGAAACGAGUCAGUUGCAGUAGCGAAGAACUUUCUGAAACUCCAGAACCCGGUCUACUCCCGAACCGGACGGUUACUUUGAUUUUGAGCAACAAUCGCAUUAGGGUUCUGAGAAAUGGAUCCUUUUUUGGACUCUACGCCCUGGAGAAAUUGGACCUCAGGAGCAACCUCAUCAGCACCAUCAUGCCUGGAGCCUUCCUAAAUUUACCUGAACUUCGGAAGCUUGACCUGUCUAAUAAUCGUAUUGGAUGCUUGACUCCAGACAUGUUCCAGGGACUUACCAACCUCACCAAAUUAAAUCUCUCUGGGAACAUCUUGUCUACCUUGGACCCCGGGGUCUUCCAGGAGCUCCCCUCUCUUAAGCUGGUAAACUUCAAUUCUGACUUCCUGUCGUGUGACUGUGGGCUGCGCUGGGUGCCAGGCUACUUUCGCACCACUACAGCCCGGCUUGGGGACGAGACCAUCUGUGCCUUUCCCAAGAUCCUCCAUGGAAAGCCCUUACGUGGACUUAGGGAAAGUCAGCUGACCUGUGAUGGGCCUCUGGAGCUGCACACCCUAUCUCUCCUGCCUUCCCAGCGCCAGGUGGUCUUCAAGGGGGACCGGCUGCCCUUCCAUUGCACUGCUGCUCUCGUGGAUAAAAUAACUGCCCUACACUGGCGACACAAUGGUCAGCUUGUUACCUCUGACCCUGUGAUGGGUGUCAGUUUGGAGCCCAGCGUGGUGCAUGACUGUACCUUCAUCACCAGUGAACUUAUCCUGUCCAACGUGCAUGUGGAAGCCAGUGGAGACUGGGACUGUGUGGUGGCCACUGGGCGGGGCAACACCUCUCGCAGUGUGGAGAUAGUGGUGCUGGAGAACAGCGCCUCCUUUUGCCCGGAGGAGAGAAUCACAAACAACCGGGGAGAGUUUAGGUGGCCGAGGACCCUGGCUGGUAUCACCUCGUACCAGCACUGUCUGCAGCUGCGCCAUCCUUCCCAGGCCAUGGGUGGAGGUGUGGAGCAGAAGCAGGCAUCGCGGUACUGUGACCGCUCAGGGAGCUGGGAGGAGGGAAACUAUGACAGCUGUCUCUACACUAACGACAUCACACGGGUCCUACACACGUUUAUCUUGAUGCCCAUCAAUGCUUCUAAUGCGGUAACUCUCGCUCAUCAGGUGCGCACGUACACCCUGGAGGCAUCCGGAUUUACUGACACCAUGGAUGUGAUGUACGUGGCCCAGAUGAUGGAGAAGUUCAUGGAAUAUGUCGGACCGCUGCAGGAGCUGUCAGAAGUGUUGGUGGAGAUGGGCAGUAACCUGAUGCAGGUGGACGAUCAGAUCCUGGCCCAAGCCCAGCGAGAGAAGAGAGCCUGCAGCUCCAUAGUCUACUCCCUAGAGACCCUGGCCUGGCCCCAGCUUCACAGCCAUGCCCAGGACCUCUCCAUGAUAUCCAAUAACAUUUUGAUGGAGGCCCAUUUUAUCCGUCCGUCUCACUUCACUGGCAUGAGCUGCACAGCCUACAAACGCAGGGAGUCCUUCUCUGGCAAUCUAGGCCUGGAGGGGGCGGAGCCCAAUCAGGAACAGCAGCUCCGCUUCCGCUGCGCCACAGGCACCCACAACACUUCCUUAAACAACUUCCCCAUGAAGAAUGCUGUAGCCCUGGCCUCUGUGGUUCUCCCGGCCUCCCUGUUUCCCCCAGAUGCUCCAGCAGACUGUAAGCUCCAGUUUGUGGUGUUCCGUACCGGGAGGUUCUUCCCUUUCUCUGAGAACUCCAGCGACCCCGGAGAGGGCAGACGUGGUGUCAACACCCCUGUCGUCUAUGUUGGCCUGAACGGGUGCAGCAUGUGGAAUCGCUCCGAUCCCAUCCUGGUCUCCCUGCGGCACACAACCCCGGGCCAUGAUCCAGUAGCAGCCCAGUGGAGCCUGCCGGCCCUGCAGCGGCAGCACGGGGGAUGGAGCCGGGAGGGCUGCCAACUCGCCCACACAGACUCUGCCACCUCCACCCUGCACUGCUAUGUGCUCAGCAACUACGCCGUGUUGCAGGAGGUUCCCGAAUUUCCACACUCCCCGUCCAUAUCAGUCAGGGUGCUCCACCCUGUGGCCUAUACCUGUACUGCAAUACUGCUUCUAUGCCUUGCCACCAUUAUCAUCACACACUUACUUCACCACAGCUCUAUACAUAUAUCCAGGAAGAGCUGGCACACGUUGCUCAAUACCUGCUUCCACAUUGCUAUGACGACCGCUGUCUAUGCAGGAGGCAUCACACUGACCAGCUACCCCGUGCCGUGCCAGGCAGUGGGCAUCGCUCUCCACUACUCCUCCUUGUCUACUCUGCUGUGGAUCGGCGUCAGUGCCAGGGUCCUCUACAAAGAGGCAAUCUGGAGGAUGCCUCGGCAACCAGAAGGAGAGCCUCUUCCUCCACCUACUCAGCGGCCGAUGCUCAGGUUCUAUCUAAUAGCUGGUGGUGUCCCUCUCAUAAUAUGUGGUGUCACUGCAGCUGUCAACCUUCACAACUAUGGGGACAACAGCCCUUACUGCUGGUUGGUGUGGCGGCCCAGUCUGGGUUCCUUCUUUGUCCCCGCAGGCUUGGCCGUACUGGUGACCUGGAUCUAUUUCCUGUGCACCGCCUUCCGUCUGAGGCACCGGGUGAACAAGCAGCGCCCAGGAUCCUCCCUCUCCUCCCCUUUGCCUGAGAGCCAGCCGGCCCUGGGUGGGAGCGCCAGCCUCCUCUCAACAGACGCUGUGGUGGGGAACGCGCACCCUGCGUUGACCCCCGAGGACCAGUACUCCCUGAGGGUGCGGUUCCUAACGCUGGUGACCACCCAUUUCCUGUUCCUGGCCCUGUGGGGUGGUGGAGCCAUGGCCAUGUGGCUGACUGGGCACGGUAGCCUGUUGUUCAGCUGUCUCUAUGGGAUCGCAGCCACUGUGUUGGGGGUUUUCCUGGUGGUGAACCAUUGCUUCCGACGCCUGGAUGUGCGCACCUCCUGGCUGAGCUGCUGCCCAGGGUAUCGCCGCUCCCAGCCCAUGCCAGCCUACGUGACCACCUGCGCCACUGUGAGUGGUGUCCAGACCACCUCCGAACAAAGAUCGCAGAUAUUCGUUGGCUGUCAUCCUCCAGGGGAUCCCCACAACUCCUCGUCAGCCAGGUCCUCCUCCACCCCAAGUGGGAUCAGCAGUGUGGGCUCUGGGCCCUGCAAACUCACCAACCUGCUGCAGGUGGCACAAGACAAUACCAACAAUGCCACUCGCGCCUCAGCAGGCACCAACACCAGCACCAGUACAGACAAUAACAACAAGCAAGCCAACAACCUGCUGACCACCGUAAGCUCUGUAGCACCCGUCCAGCCUCAGAGGAGGAAGGUCAGUGGCAGAACUAAACAAGGGAGCAGCCAGUAUCACCACCGAGGUGAGGGCCGAAGUCACUACCGUCUCAAAGCCCUGAGGUCUGGGGGGGGAGGGGGCAGUAUGGGAGCACUGGGACCUACGGGUAUAGAGCAGAACAAAACUACCCAUCCAGCUCACAAACAGGCCACCAGUGAGAACGGCAGUCUCCAUCACAGCCACUCUGAGAACCAGGCCAGCCCGCUCACCAACGGCAAUGGUAGAAGGGUAGGGGAGACAGUGCCCAGCAGCCCCUCAGAGGGUAGCGAUGGGGGCAGCAGCGGAAGCCGCAAGCCCUUCCCUCUGCUCCCGUCUGUGGCCAGCAGGGUGGCUAUGCAAGGCUAUAGGUGCAGCGCCAGCCGAGACAAUCUGAAACUGGCAGCGGCUGCAGAGCGAGAAGCUAAGCGCAGCUCUUACCCUCUGAACAGCAUCACCAGCACUGUGCCGGGGGCUGCCCUCAAUGGGAGCCUCAAGAGCUCUAUGAUAGAGGUGGAGUUGGACACAAGUGGCACAGACCAUUCACAGAGCUCAGUGGGCAUGAAAAGUAUGUGGAAGAGUGAAACUACAGUGUAAGUCUCUCUCAGCAACUUCCCACAACGGACAAUAUUUUAUAUGAUUGGACACAAGCCUGUAGAGACACAUUCUGUUCUGAGGUCCUUGCGUGUUGCUCAGACUUGAAUGUACUCGUGUACAUUUCAUUGAAAGAAUUUCAUUGCACAGAUCUUUAAGUUGCAAGUGUGGAUCUCAAAUUGGGAUUCACCUAAAGAUUAGAUUUCUUUUUAAUCUGUUAAAGAGAUAGAUAAUAUGGUUUUGUUGCUUAUUACUUUUGCUUUCCAUCACAGAGAUGGUGUGGGAUCAUGUAUAUGAAGACAACUGUGUCCUGUACUUUCGUAUAUGUCACAUAAAAACUGUUUUUUGUAUUUGCAAUUAAUUCAAGGCUUGUCUUUUGUGUACAUAAAAUAAUGAUUUAUUCCAUACGUCAUAAUACCUUUUACAAGCUAAGUCUACAAUUGACAUAAGAUGUUAAUUUUGGAUACAUUAAUGACAGCUUUAUUGUUUUAUUUGUAUUCAUAUUCUAUGCAUAUCAACUAUAGCUUGAAAUGGAAUCUAUGAUUGUCUGUUUCUACAGUACGGCUGUGCAUUUCCUCUGUGAAGAAUGAUUAUGCUCUUAUUAUCUUUUUCUUGUAGUAUUGUGGAUAUGUGAGCAUGUAUGUGUGAAUGUAAUUGUGUGAAUGUGUUUGUGAUGAGAGAAUGCAGUAAAAAAAAUUUACUGGAACAUGUUGAAUUGAUCAAAUAUGCAUCAGCACUGAGAGAGAAUUCCUCCCCUUCAUGAACAGAACUGAAAAAGGAACUAAGAGUAACCUUUCCUUGCAAGUACUCAGAAAUGUCUAUGGUUCUUUUUUAUAACUGCCACAUCCUUUUUCAUUCUUUGUUUGUCCCUUGCUGUGCUCUCUGCCCGUCUCAAGAUUUGAAGCCUUUGAAUUUACUCUUAUCUAAACAUGGAUGUUGACUGCCCCCUCCUGGUAAUUAUUCCAUGCAUCAUUAUUCCUGCACUGAUAUAUGGAAGGAUUGUGGUAAAUGGCUGUUUUUUAUCACAUUCAUUAAGGGCUUACCUAAUCACUAACACCCCCCCCCCCCCCCCAUAAACCAAUGGCUUAAAAGCUUGUUAGAGUAAUCAUCAUCUGCUCUUUAACUUCUACUCUUUUCUUUUUAUUUACAUCAUAAAGUGAAGAAAAUACAGAAUUCCUGUAAGCUUCAUAACAUCCUGUUGCUUCACACACUUUAUUAUCCAACAUUUUUGAAUCCAUAUUAUGCAUGAUCUUCAGUAUUCUUUUCAAGGGGGUAAGAAUACAACAGCUCAGCUUAUCUUAGGCAAGCUCCUCUAAACAACUCCAAUGUGUUCAGGGAAAUUAUUGUGCCAAAGAAUUGUGUUGAACAGCAGAGCUUACCUCAAAGUCCGUUUUUAUGGGAUACAUUUCAUAGAUUGUAUCAUUAUUUUAGGUCCUGAAAUCUCCCUUUGGGUCAAUGAUAAUAACAUGGGUUAGGGUUAACAAAGCUCUGAGUUAUGAUAAGUACAGUCCCAUCACAGUGUACUCAUCUGUUGUCUCUAAAAACAUGAUGAUACAGUACAGUAUACAUUUAUUAUAUUUAAUUGUUGAGUGGAUGUCAAACUGCUUAAAUUGCGGUAGUGGCUGGCCACAACAGAUUCAUGAAUUCACCUUCAAUGGCAAGUGACUUUUUCACUUGAAACAACACUGUGCUUCUUCCAUGACAAUUUCUAUUAGGUGUAAAUUGUCGAAAUGUGCAAAAACACAAUGGUAGCAUGCGUCAUCUUUUACAGUUAGAGUUACCUAGAUUGUUAACAUUUCAUAGAUUUACUUAAAAGAAUCACUUUGGUUCCUAAAUGAUUUCCAAGUUGUGUCCACUCUCAUCUCAAAAUGAAAAAGGGAGAUUUCAAGAUUUUAUGUUUAUUUAUAAUUUCAUUUCUCACAAUGACAUCAGUAUGAAAUGAUAGUGACAUUUUUAAUAUAUUGUUCAAGAAAUUCAGAUUGUCUGUGCCUUAUUAAAAAAACCUGGAUGCAA